GAUUUACCGUCUAGCCGCCAUAUUUAAUCUAUUAGAUAUUUACGGUUCGCACAAAAAACAGGACCUAAUCGCCGUAAUAUGGGCGGUAAAAAUUCAAAGUCGCAGCUUCAACGUAACAAAUCCAUCUCGAAAAUCGGCCGGAGCAGCCAAAGGGGACUGUUUCAGAAGUCCAAGUUGAAGUUGAACCAAAUUCAGAGAAGAUUAGACGACGACAAUCGCGACCAAAUCCAAGGUGAGCUGAAUGCGGUCGAGGAAGAACUGGGCAGCAUUUCCGAGGUGGUCAAGGAUAAGCAUCGGGAGAAGUACGAGGAAAUCCUGCAACAGGUACGGGAGACGAGACGGAAAUUUGACGAGAAGUUCAAGGUGCCGGUUAAAGAGGUGCAGGUAUGUGAAGCUCUUCCGGAGGUGGUCCAAGUGCACGUUCCAGAUCCGGAAGUAGUGGAAGUACCCCAAACCGAAGUGGUUGCACCUCCUGAAAGUCCGAAAAUUACAUCUGGCGUACCGAUGUUGCCGGCGGAAGUGGUAGAAAUGCGUCAAACUGAAUCAGUUACUAGCGCAACUCCCCCUGGAAGUCCGAAAAUUAAGUUUGGUGUACAGGUGAUGCCCGUGGCGCCUCCUCGAAUAUCGCAGGAAAUGUUGAAAAAUACGUUGCCAACCAGUCCGAUUGCCAAAGAAGAAUUUGCGGAGAUUAGAGCCAGCUAUGUAAAUUCGACAAGGUCUAAAACCAUCUUCCGCUCAGCAUCGAUCGUCGAAGAAAACGGAGUGGUAAGAAACGUGCAAGAGAUCAGUGUGGAACAGACCACCAGCUCGAACACGAUCGAUAAUGUCCGCCAUUUGGUUGACGAACUGGAGAAUUCAAUGAGAUAUUUUCACGGCACGAAAGGGGACUUUGAGUAUGAUCAGAUACAUGACAGGCUUGUACAGAAUUUGGUUAAACUGGACAAUUUCGACACUGAUGAUAAUCCCGUUCUUAAGCAAGAAAAGAAGAUUUUAAUCCAAAGAAUCCAAGAGUUACUGGGUAUUUUAGAUCGCCUGGGGAGACCUUUACCAAAUCAGCCCAUGGCAAACGAGGAUAAUAUGAUCCUCAGUACCGCCACUUAGUGAUUGACGCUUUUUUUUUGUACGUUUUCUAUUGAAAUGCAUGCUUUUCUUCUUU